CGAGCACUCGCAGCUCAUUCCUGUGUCAGCCGCCAUUAGGUGAAGAGUCGUUUCUCGCUAAGCAGUAAGUGUACACUGAAAUCUCUCUCUUCUUACCCCCCUCAAGCGCCAUUAUCCGCGUUGUAAAGGGAGAAUUUUGCGUUGCAUUCUCUAUCGCUGUAGCGAUUGCUCUCAAGUGCGUGUGCGUUUUCUUGCAAAGUGUUAAAGUGAAUUGAAUUGCGAAAGAGAGUAUAGACAAAAAACAUUCGGAUAGAAAACAACAACAAACAAGAAAAAAAAAACAUUUCGAUUUCAUUCGCCGGGAAGCGGUGCCCUCUUACUCUCUAUUCCGCCCCAGACCACUUGUCCACCACCGCCCUAUGUGUGCGUGAGCACUUGAAAGCCGGCGUUUGUGGUAGCGAAAAACCGUGCGUUGGUGUGCGCGAGCCUGUGAAGCGAGUGUGUGUGCCUGUGCGAGAAGAAAGAAGAAAAAGCGAGUAGAACGUUACCGGUCCAAAGAACUAACUUUUCCUUUUGUUUUGCAAGUUGCGCUUUUUGCGUUUCUGUUGUUUCCCCCUGGACGACGUGUGUGCUCGCUUCUGUUUCGAGCAGUUUCGGGAAAGUUCCUGCACUCUGUUUUAUCCCCUGGGGGGUAGGAGGGAUUGGAGCGGAAAGAAAAAGAAGAACAUCCCAGUAGACCAAAAAAAACACACAUUCAACCGCUGUGUAUGCGGGCGUAAGCGAGACAGCAAGCGAACUUCUCAUUUCAUCUCUCCCAUUUCAACUGCAAACCGACCGGCACACUUGUAACGUACGUUUCUCCAAAAAAGAAGCUCAAUUUUCGGUGUUUGUGUGCGUGUGUGGAGCCGGUGUUUGCCACCGUUCUUACCCCGGUGGGUGUGAGAGUGAGCGAGACGCACCAAAAAGGAAGGAACACAUCCAUCAACACAAAGGCGCGCGAGCGAGAGAAAAAAAGACAGUGAAGCGUGUGUGCGUGUAUUUAAUGGCUGACGGUGUGUAGUGUUUUUUUUUUUGUUGUUGUUGCUGGUACCGGCAAACUGAUCGGUUUCGGACAAUUCUGCUGCGAACAAAACACGACUGUGUGCUGUACAUGUUGCGACGUGUUUCGCCGCGUACCGCUCGAUCGCUGCCGUAAGCAUCCCCGGCGAACGCGCGCACACACACAGCCACGACGACACAAGUAAUCCGAACGUGUGGCCCGGCGGCGCACACGCGCAACACGCUCUCCGAUCAGCGCAAGUGUGUGGCCCAACACAUACGCUCCCCAUAUUCCACGAUCAACAAGCGCGAACAGGCGACGCAGCUGCUGCUGCUGUGUUGUGCAGCGUGUGUGUGUGUGUGUGGACACUCUUCGUAUCAACCGGCGUUUGCCAAACCACGCGCUCUCCUCUAUCAGCCGGCGACAUUUUGUGUUGUGAAGACACGGCCCAAAGCGGAACACGCGACAAACGCCAGUGUCUCUGUGUGUGUGUGUGUGAGUGCGUUUAGCAGAAUAGGUGCUUGAGGCGGGUGUGUAGUGGUGAAGAAAAGGAAGAAAAACAACAGAGUAAUCUAAAACACAGGGGAAGGAGAGAGACGCGUGCGGUACAACAAUGGAGCUCGACAGUGCGGCAGUGCUGGAGAACGGCGGCAAGAAGCUGCUGAACGGCGGCGGUGGCCCUGAGCUGCUCAGCAAUGGCGCCGGCGGCUCGCCGGGCGGCGAGGGUAGCAGCGGCCCCGGCUCCCCGGCCAGUGAUGGGGAAGCGGCGACCGGGCAGGAGGGGGCGGCCGCCGGCGAGCUGAUGAAGAAGCCGGCCGGCCCGCUCACCAAGCGCGUCCGCAAGCUGUCCCGCUCGAACAGCAAGGACGGCGUGCUGGGGGUGGCCGGCACGCCCAACUUUGUCGCGCCGCACCGGAAGUGGAAGAACAGCCGCCGGUCGCGGAACGGGUACGGGCGCGGCCUGCCCAAGAAGGGGGGCGCGGGCGGCAAGGGCGUGUGGGGCAAGCCGGGUUCGGAGGAGGUGUACGACGAGCUGGACGAGGACCCGAACGAUCCGAACUUCGACAUCGACGCGUACAACAGCUCGCACAACGUGGAGCUGAAGGAGAUCGUGCCGCAGCCGACCGAGGCCGAGGUGGCCAAAAAGCUCGAGACGAUCAUACUGGAGUACUUCGAGCACGGGGAUACGCGCGAGGUGGCGGACGCGCUGGACGAGCUGCUGCCGCCCGGCCUGAAGCCGCUGGUGACGAAAACGUUCGUGUCGGUCGCGCUCGAGCACAAGCAGUCGCAGCGCGAGCUGACCUCGGUGCUGAUGUCGGACCUGUACGGGCGCAUCGUGACGCGCGAGGACAUCUGCGCAGGGUUCGAUCUGCUGCUGGCCAACCUGGCCGACAUCAUGCUGGACACGCCGGACGCGCCGCAUCUGCUCGGCAACUUCAUUGCGCGGGCCGUCGCGGACGACUGCAUUCCGCCCAAGUACGCGUACCAGUCGGAGCGGGAGGACCUGGACCGGCACGGGCAGGCGGCGCUCGUGCGCGCCACCACGCUGCUCUCGAUGCACGACGGCUGGGGCCAGCUCGACAACGUCUGGGGGGUCGGUGGUGCCCUCCGGCCGGUGCAGACGAUCACGCAGCAGAUGUCCUACCUGCUGCAGGAGUACCUGCUCUCACGCGAUCUCAGCGAAGCCCAGCGCUCCAUCAAGGAGCUCGAGGUGCCGCACUUCCACCACGAACUGAUUUACGAGGCAAUCAUAAUGACGCUGGAGGCGUUCAACGAGUCCACCGAGGUGGCCAUUUGCGAGCUGUUCCGCACGCUCGACAGUACCUGCAUCGUGACGCCGGAGCAGAUGGAGCAAGGGUUCCGGCGCGUCUACGAGGACAUGACCGACAUCGUGCUGGACAUCCCGCUCGCCUACUCGAUCCUGGACCGCUUCAUCCAGCGCUGCCAGCGCGCCGGCUCGUUCAUGAGCGAGGCCCUCAUCAAGGAUAUUCCCACCCGUGGCCGCAAGCGUUUCGUCUCGGAGGGUGACGGUGGCCUGAUCAAGCAGGUCAAUUUCCAGCGCGAUUUGUAAAAUGUGGGUGUGUGUGUUUCCCUCCAAUCUCUCGCUGCGCAUCACCCAAACUUCUUGGCGGCGGCGGCGCCCCCCACCCCCACAUAUUGCAACCACCAUUCAUUGAGGAAAAAAAAUUUGGAUGUCAAGGAACCAGGAGUUGAAAGGAAAAGGAUACGGAGAGAGAGAGAGCGAGAGAGAAUAUAAGAAUGGCCCCGCGAAUGAAAGCAAACGGCGGGUGCGUGAGAGUUAGGAUGCGUGUUUUUGGGCUAAAUUUGUUGCGGAAAAGCAGUAGGAUCACGGAAAUCAGGAGAAAGUUACAACCGCUACACACACAGAUAUAUGGGGAAGCGCAGAGGAUGAGCGCGACUAAAAGAGAGGAAGAAAUUCAUUCAUACUCUUUAUAAAACAACAAAAAUCUAUUACCUGUGUAUCACACGCUAUAAGCAGCAUGAAGAAGAGAACAAAAUUAACUUCUUUUCCUAACACCCCCAUCAUGAUGUCCCCUACAAUUCCUCCAUUUAUCUACCUACUUACAUAUAUACUAAUAUGCGUGUGUGUACAGCAGGGACAUAUGUAUUAUUAUUGCUGCACCGCCCCGGACAAAACACACAACACUGUCUGCGGGAGCAGCAGGGGCAGCAGCACCACCAGAAUCAGGGCGAAUCAAUUAAAGCCUUAUUAAACAAAAACACUAAACUUAACCGUGAGUCGAAAUUUGCGUCGAAUCUGUGUGUGCGCCGAGAGAUUAUCCUUUUCGCUUCGUUUUUGGUUGGUUUUUUUUUCAUCCUUUUUCUAUUGCACUAAUUAAUUGUGAAAAGAAUAUUUUUGGUUUUAUUUUUUCUUACUGUACGAAUAUACACAUCGUGAAAAGGAAUCGUGGGCGCGCAAUUCGAUUUUGUUUGCUGAGAAAAAGAGGCGCUAAGGUUACGAUUAACACAAAGCUUGAAGGGACGCAAAUAUUUGACGGCAAACACACUCGCGCGGCAAAAUGCAUAAAUGCAUAUAAUACAUAAAUUACGCGAGGCGAAAUGAACUGAACUCCCAUCAAUGAUGAAUCCAUCUUCACCCCCUUACCCUUCGUCCCAUUCCGACAUCCCAACGUAAAUGUCUUGUUUCCACACUGAAAACUGUUUUUUUAGAUACAGGAAUGAUCGAUAGAGAGAGAGAGAGAGAUAGAGCGAUAGUGAGAGAAGGGAAGAAAUGAAAAGAGGAAACGCGUAUGUAUCGACCACUAACGAAAAUCAUUGGCAUUUCUCCUUGUUAGAUUAAGUUUGUUUUAAAGCGCCUUUACAAAGAGA